AUGCUUUCGAUUACCCAGUUGCUUGUUUCUCUCCUACUUCUGCCUAUUGCGGUAAGAGGUUCGCUGGUUAAUACGACCAGCGGACUAAUAAUAGGCCAUGUAUCGGCGUCCCGGCCAUCUGUGGACGAAUAUCUAGGAAUUCGAUACGCACAGGCUCCCGUUGGUGACCUCAGAUUCGCGCCACCCGUUAGAUUUACGUCUGAUGCGCCCUUUGAAGCUGCGAAUUUCACCCCAAGCAAAUCAGUUCAUUACCCGAAUGGAACAGCCCUUCAGCAAAUCAUUAUUGCAAAUUUUGCCAGUCAAAAUGUGAAGCUACAAAGCGAGGACUGCCUAAAGUUGAACGUCUGGGCAAAGAAUACACCACUUAAGAAGAAACCCGUGUUACUUUGGAUUCACGGCGGACGCUUUUCUCUUGGUAGCACAAAUAACCCCUUUUACCAGGGCCAAUACAUUGCCGAUAAGGAAGACAUCGUUGUGGUGUCGAUGAACUACCGCCUCAAUGUUUUUGGUUACCCCAGUGCACCUGGUGCGCCUCAAAAUGUUGCAUUGCUUGAUCAGCGUAUGGCAAUAGAGUGGGUUCGAGAUAACAUUGCGGCUUUCGGGGGUGAUCCUAGCCGUAUUACUCUAAUUGGCCACUCUGCUGGCGGAGCUAUGACUGAUUACUAUACAUACAAACAUAUUGAAGACCCAAUUGUCCACGCUGUCAUACCUAUGUCUGGUACUGCUCUGAGCUUUUCACCCAAUACACAAGCGCAGUCUGAGAAAUACUGGUACAUCUUGUCUAAAGCACUUGGGUGUGGAAGUUCGGGCGAUACACUGCCUUGUGUGAGAUCUAAACCCGCUACGGAUGUCCUAGCUGCAGUAUCUAAGGUACCACCGGAACCAAGUAACUUGCUACCACAGCCAGUGUUUCAUCCAACAGUUGAUGAAGAGCUUGUCUUUUCCAAUUACGAGGAGCGUGCAGCUAAGGGAAUGUUUGCUAAAUUACCAUAUCUAGUCGGUAACGGCGAUUACGAAGCUGGAUACUACAAAGUCUCCGCUUAUGCCCUGAACAUCACAACUAUAAGUCAAAAAGCAUGGCAUUUAUUCAACCUAGCUGGAUUCACCUGCCCAAACGCCAGGGAAGCAAGGUACCGCGCGGCAAGGGGCGUUCCAACCUGGCGAUACAUGUAUUUCGGUGAAUGGCCUAAUUCCAUCCUGUUUCCAGGAAGUGGAUCGUAUCAUGGAUGUGACGUCGCUCAAUUGUUUGGCACAGCAGAGGACGUUAGUAACGGCACUGCAAACACCGAAACUGAGGCCAAAUUUUCUGCUUAUAUGAUGCACGCCUUUGCAACUUUCGCAGCAGAUCCUCGUGAAGGCUUGUCAAAGCUUGGUUGGCCCAGAUAUAGGAAAGAUGGCAAAGGAAAUGCCUUGGUAGGGCUUGCAUUUAGGAAUGGACCCAGUGCCACGUACCUGCCGCCUUUAUUCUCAGAUAAGGACUGCCCGCUAGUUGGUACAAACACAUCCUAUGCCCAUGGGGGAUUUUAA